UAGAGUAUUUAAAAUUAAAAAUAAUUUUCUUAGUUUAUAUUAAACCAGUGAGUUAUAAUUUAUUAUUUAUAGGAACUGUGGUAUUGUUUCAAUACACCAUAAAAUUAGAUAGUUAAAGUAUAUGCACUCACUCAGAUUGGAACUACGUGAUUGUUUUCAGUCCUCAGUACAAAAAUGUUAACCUAUUUGGACGUUCACUUGAUGUACACGCUUCCGGUGAUCGGCGCGUUAGCGCUGAUUUCAUGGCCAUUUCUCACUCGGUCGGAAAUCUUUAAGAUCGCGUUGAUCUGUGGCAUUUCGAUUGUGUACACGACCCCGUGGGACAACUACGUUGUGUGGAAAGGCGGCUGGACGUAUCCGGAAGACCGGGUGUUAGCGUUCAUAGGAUACGUGCCGGUCGAAGAGUACAUGUUUUUUGUCAUACAGUCCACCAUGACGUCCCUGUGGGCGUUGCUGUGCGUCCGGUGGUCGACGCCGUGCUUGAACUUUAACUACGACAGGAGCACGUACCUGCUGAUCCGGUGGAUCCCGAUCGCAGGGUUCGGCGUCCUUGCGGUCGUUGGCUACGAGAUAGCCGUGCCCGGGCACCACACGUUUUACACCGGUUGUGUACUGUGGUGGAUGUGCCCGGUGCUGAUGUUCAUGUGGUACGGCGGCGGUAACUUUUUCGUCAAAAAAAUCGUCUCUGCAACCGCGGCCGUCAUCCUGCCUUCAUUGUACCUGUGCUGGGUGGACCAGUUGGCAUUGAAGAACAACGUUUGGCACAUCAAUAAAUUAACCAGUUACAACGUGUUCGUCGCCGAGGACCUGCCAUACGAGGAAGCGUUUUUCUUCUUCGUGGUGAACUUCACCAUCGUUCUGGCUGGUGCUUGCUUCGACAAAGCUCGCGGAAUAAUGGAAACGUACACGUCCGAGUACCCGUUAAGGUUCGCCAUCAAUGGCCCGUACAUCAAUCAGAUGUUACGAGCGUUCAUAGUCUCUGAAUACUUAAUGCCCUCCGUUGUCACAGAAGACAUACAAAAAAGCAUCAACGUCUUGAACGUCGCUUCCAAAUCGUUCACCACGGCCAGUUUUCUUUUUCAAGCAGGAAUUCGAUUGGAUUUAAUAAUCUUAUACGCAUUUUGUCGUGUAACGGAUGAUAUGAUCGACAAUGAGCCAGACAUUAAUAAGAAAAAAAUCAAGCUACAGUUGACUGAAAAAUUUAUUAACGAACUGUUUGCAGACAGAAAAUCAGAUUAUGAUGUAAAAAAAAAAUCUCAUACAGUAAAUAUUAACUGGGCACAAUAUGAAACCAAAUUGACUGAUGUCGAAAUGUCUAGUUUUCGUGCGUUAACCAGAAUAGCAUUUUACUUGCCUCGGAAACCAUUUUAUGAGUUACUCGCUGGUUACCAAUGGGACAUAGACGGCCGAUUAUUUCGAAAUGAAGCCGAUUUAAUGGAAUAUUGCAACUAUGUAGCUGGAAGUGUAGGUGUAUUAUGUGUUUACAUAAUGAUGUACAGAUGUGAUGAUGAUAAAUUUGAUCUGCUUGAAAGUUACGAUUAUGUAAUUGAUAAAGCUCAGCAAAUGGGACGUGUUUUGCAACUUGUGAAUAUUGCACGAGAUAUUGUCACUGAUAGCAAGACGUUAGGUCGAUGCUAUAUACCAACCGAAUAUAUGGAUGACAAACAGGAAGAAAUAAGGAUCUUGUGUGAUGAAAAGAAUCCAAGAUCUCUAGGUGAUAAGAAGUUGAAAAAAUACUCUAAAAGGAUGAUUCAGCUGGCCGACCAAUACCAAUCGGAAUCUGUAGACGCCAUUAAGUGUUUGCCGAAUGAAGUUAGAGGUUCGGUACUUGCGGCUACUGAAAUUUAUCGAGGGAAUAUCUCUGCUAUUAAGACCAGUCCAACAUACCCGACCAGAGCUGCAUUACCGAGAUUGCAUAAAAUAUUUUUAGGGCUUUAUAGCUUAUAUAUUAAAAGCAAUCGAUUUAUUUUAUAAGUUAUAAAGUAUUCGAUACAAAUAUAAGUAUUUUAGCUAUUUUACAACUGUUGUUGGGUAUUACAAAAUUUAUUUUUAUAAGGUCCUCCAAAUUAUAAGAUUAUCAAUUGUAUAAAACUUGUAUGUAUACCUUUGUUCACAAGGUAUUAUUAUUAUUUUUUUUAUUUUUUACUGCACAUAUUUUAAAU